AAUGGUGAAGGUUUCAUCGAAAUCGGUCCAGUAGUUUCGGAGCAUGGGCUCGUCUGCUUUUAAGGGGGUGUAUGGUUCUGGACCAUUUUGGUCCGAUUGGUCCAGUCAGAGUGAACCAAUCGCCAUAAAACGAAAAACGGCACCUAUAUAAGUUCCCUGCUAUUGAAUGGUGAAAGAAUUAUCAAAAUCGGUCCAGUAGUUACUGAGCAUGGGCUCGUCUGCUAAUCUCGUCUGCUUUUUAGACACUCCCGCUCAAUUUGCGUAAUUUGCGCUGUCGCGCUGGAAGAGCCUGGAAGAGCGAAGGCGGAGUGAUGCCUGUUUGAGCUUGGCUCGGCCCGAGUCAGCCAGAGACCGUGUGCCCGUCUCACCAUGUCGGCCUGGAGCAGCCCCGGCCUGGUCGAGGACGAUGCCUACUUCAACAACAUGGACGCGCGCCAGCAGAAGAUGGAGAAGCAGCGCCGUCUGAUCGAGGAGCGCCAGAAGAAGAAGCGGCAGACGCCGACCGUGCUGCAGCCGUCGGACCGGGCGCAGUCGGCGCGCGGCCGGCCGGGCUCGGCGCUCUCACGGCCCGGCACGGCCAACGGCGGCCUGCGCGGCCACGAUGGGCCCAUGCAGUUCACCUCGGAGCGCGACGACCCGGACACGCUGACGGCCGUCGAGGUGCUGCCCGCCUCCCGGGUGUUCGACGAAGAGCUCGACAUCGAGAGCGAGGAGAUUCCGGGCGGCGUGUCGGGCCGGCGCGAGCAGCCGGGCCGCCAGCUGCGCACGCUGAACCUCUCCGUGGACGACUCGGAGGAGGAGGAGGCCGAGCAGUCGCUGCCGGUGAUACCGACGGCGAGCGAGCCGGCGCCGCCGGCGGCCGCCGACAGCCCGCCGCCGCUGCGGCCCGGCAGCGCCGAGUCGGGCACCGCCUGGGGCGAGCUGGCCACCGGCGUCACUGGUGUCGACUCGGCGGACGGCCUGGAGGAGUUUGUGCUGGCGCCGGCCGCCCAGGGCGUGCAGAUCAAGUGCCGCAUCACGCGGGACCGGAAGGGCAUGGACCGCGGCCUGUACCCCACCUACUUCCUGCACCUGGAAAAGGAGGACGGCAAAAAGGUGUUUCUGCUUGCCGGCCGGAAACGGAAGAAGAGCGCCACCAGUAACUAUCUUAUCUCAACCGACCCGACCGACCUGUCGCGGGGCGGCGAGGCCUUCGUGGGUAAGCUGCGCUCCAACCUGCUGGGCACCAUGUUCACCGUCUACGACAACGGCUUGCCGCCGAGCAAGGUGCGCUCCGGUGACAGCAGCGAGGAGCAGCGGCCGCGGCAGGAGCUGACCGCCGUCGUGUACGAGACCAACGUGCUCGGCUUCAAGGGGCCGCGGCGGAUGACCGUCAUCAUACCGGCCAUGACCACCGACCACAAGCGGAUCCCCGUGGAGCCGGCCACCGAGGCCGAGGGCCUGCUGGAGCGGUGGCGAAACAAGCGCAUGGACAACCUGCUCGAGCUGCACAACAAGGCGCCAGUCUGGAACGAGGAGACCCAGUCGUACGUGCUCAACUUCCACGGACGCGUCACGCAGGCCUCCGUCAAGAACUUCCAGGUGGUGCACGACAACGACCUCGAGUACAUCAUCAUGCAGUUCGGCCGGGUGGCGGAAGACGUCUUCACCAUGGACUUCCGCUACCCCAUGUGUGCGCUGCAGGCGUUCGCCAUCGCGCUCAGCAGCUUCGACGGUAAGCUGGCCUGCGAGUAACGGCCGCGCCGGCCGAUGACGGGAAGCGAUCGCACAUUCCGAGUCUGCCCGGCGCAGCGGGCCGACCGACUGACCUGAUCUAGUCACAGCAGGAGACGGUGCGCGCCCCAGCGGGGCACCAGACACGACCGAAUACUCGCCCCGGGGCGCACCUUUUAUUCCAGGAGAGCUCAGAGCGUGCGCUGCUCAGUGGCCGCCGCACGCCGCGCGACGACCAGCGAGCUUUGACGAAUCCGAAUUGAUAGCGCUCGGCAGUGGGAUUAUUUAUGAGAUUAUGUCAUCCGCCUGACGUACUUACGCGGAAAUUCGUGUGUCUUAUUUACACAUUGUCUUACUAUUACUACUAUAGCUUUUUGCUGUAUUUCGUGUGUCUUUACGGUGACAAUACCGAACUGUAAAUUGGUCUGUAUCAAUCGCACAAACUUACCGGUGCCAGCCAUGCCACCGUGCCCAGAUUAAGUCUAGUCAUAUUUGUUUGAUUCCGGGAGGGGAUGGGUCACAGAGGCCGCCGCGGUGCCAGUCCGUCCAGUUGUUGUUAGCACCUGUGAGCCGUGGUAUGUGAGCUGCCCAAUAAACAGCUGCAGUAGCAGCCUGUCCGCCGUCUG